AUGUCUACAGCUAAUGUUAGCGAAGACAUCCGAACGGAGUUCCCACUGCACUCCGCAGUCUGGGAGAAUAAUUACAGGAAGCUGGAGCAGCAAAUUACACUGCUACAGAAUGACAUUGAAACUGUGGAUCCAAGAGGUCGGACACCUCUGCACCUGGCUGUGUCACUCGGGCACAUGGAGUCUGUGAGAGUCCUCCUCAGGCAUGGAGCUCAAGUUACUAAAGAAAAUGCCAAUAAUUGGACAGUGCUGCAGGAAGCCGUCAGCACAGGAGAUCCAGAGAUGGUUCAAUUAGUUCUUCAACGGAGAGACUAUUUAAAAGCAUCCACUGCUUUGGAAGGCGUACCUGAGCUUUUGUCAAAGAUCCGAGAGUCUCCAGACUUCUAUAUGGAAAUGAAGUGGGAAUUCACCAGCUGGAUCCCUCUGGUGUCCCGGGUUUGUCCAAGUGAUGUGUGUCGUAUCUGGAAAAGUGGAGCAAGCCUUCGCGUGGAUGCUACUCUUUUAGGCUUCGAGAACAUGACUUGGAUCAGAGGGCGACGGAGCUAUCUUUUCAAAGGAGAUGAUUCUUGUGCAGAGUUGAUGGAGGUGAACCACGAUGAUCAAGUGGUGGACAUAGAGCGUUUUUUAAUAUCCCAGGAGAUGGAAGAUGUCACACUAGAGUCGAUGCAACCGGCUGAACAGGAAGUAGCCAAAAGAUUGACUACUCCAAUUGUCAACACCUACUUGGAUACCAGGGACAUUGCUUUUGAGAGGAACAAGUCUGGAAUUUGGGGCUGGAGGACAGAUAAAACUGAAAUAGUCAACGGAUUUGAAACAAAGGUCUUCAGCGUGAACAAUGUGAAUGUGGUUAUCAGGACAAGGACUGAACAUCUAACAGACGAGGAAAAAGCCAGGAUAAAAAGUGAAAGAAACAUCUUGGAGUCUCUGGUUGGGACAGUUGAACAGCACAUAAGCGCACAAGGGGACCUCACACUUGAAUAUGCAACUGCCACAAAUCCCACUGCCAUCACUCCAGAGGAAUACUUUAAUCCCAAUUUCGAUUUAGGAAACAGAGAUAUCGGCCGACCUAUUGAGCUGAGCGUUCGAACACAGAAGUUUAAAGGUACAUUGUGGAUGAGCGAAGAUCACCCCCUGUCCCUAGUGGAGCAGGUGACCCCCAUCAUUGACCUCAUGGCUCGGACCAGUUCACAUUUUGCGCGGCUGCGAGACUUUGUCACGUUGAAAUUCCCUCCUGGAUUUCCUAUCAAAAUUGAGAUUCCUUUAUUUCAUGUGCUGAAUGCCAGGAUUACUUUUGGUAACGUUAAUAAAUGCAGUACUGAAGAUGAAGCCAACAUAACACCAGCAGCCACACCGUCAUCCUCAGGCGAGGACGAAGAAACAAAAGAAUCGCCAACAUUUCAGGUGUCUCCAUCUGUAUUUGCAAUACCUGACAACUACCACCGCAGAGGUGGCAGCCGUCUUGCUCCUGCAUCUACUAAUGACGAGGAGUUUUUACAGUAUGCAAUCCAUCAAAGUCUCUUGGAUUCCCAAAUAGUGCCUGACCAGGAAGGAGUAGGGGAUGAUACACACAGCGAACACACUGAUGUCAUGAUCAACAGCCAGAGUGACAGGAGUAUCCCCGAGGGGGUGCUAGUGGAUUACGGUGACACCUCCAGCCCCACGAGCACCUUCUCUACCUCAAGCCAUGACUCGGAGCUCCACUUGGCCAUGGAGCUCUCCGUGCGAGCUCAAGAGCGAGAAGAAUGGCUAAGGAAGCAAGAAGAGGAAGAAUUGGAGAGAAUUUUGCAGCUGUCACUCACUGAGAAGUAG